GUAAAAUUUUCUCUCUCCUUGUUCACUCUAGCGUCGCCGUCGAUUAGCCAACCAACGGCGGCCGGCCGGCCAAGCCCACGACUGCGACCAUGAUGGAUGGACAGGUGACACCGGGAAUAUUUAACCAACAAAGCUCGAGCUUAAUCAAACGGAAUGAUCCUUCCGCCGCGGCAUAAUCCCGCUCCUUGAUCCCCCCGCCAGCUCCGCCCUCCUCGGCCAGGUCGCGCCGGCCGGCGCCUCCCGAUCCCCUUCACCUGCUUCCUCCCAUCACCUCACGCCAAUGCACCCACCUCGCCGCGUCCCCGUCUGUCCCCGUCAGCCCCCUCAUGGCGAUCGAGACCCCGUCACCCGCAUCCCCGACCGCCUGGCCCGCUUCCCCGACCGGCCGCACCCUCUCCGCUGCCUUCGCCGACGACCGCCGCCGCGAGGCCAGGCGCCGCGCCGUGCACCUCCUCCCGGGCUGCGGCAGGCCGCCGCAGCCGCGCUCCAAGCUCAUCAACCGCGUGCUCCACCGAUUCGGCGCCGCCUGCGUCCCUAGGAGCGCCGCCGCCACCCCCACCCGGACGCCCUCGCUGCCUCGCCGUUCGUCAGCGUCGACGCCCCCGCGGCCCCGGCCGUCGUCGGCGUCGACGCCGCCCACGUCAAUCCAGGUACCGGCACGCCUGGACCAGGCAGACGCGGAGAGAGUCGCCGCCAGGAGGCCUUUGAGGGAGAGAGAGGACGCCGCCGCCGUCGGCCGAGAGCCGACGCCGCCGGGGUCCCAAGCCAGUGCUGUGGCGGCUACCGAAGUGGUUGCCGGCCUUGCGAGCGACUGGAGAGGCGAUACCGCCACCACUGUCGGGAGAGGAGCAAACAUCUGGGUGAGGGUUUCGCGCAAGCCCAAGUCGCCGCAGAUGGACUCUCCGCAGCUGUCAGUGGAAUCGACGGCGGCGGCGGCGGAGGACCAGUACGUGUGGGCGGACAGGUACCGGCCCAAUGUACUCGGGGAAUUCAUCUGCAACAAGGCCGUCGCCGAUGAGCUCCACCGGAUGGUGACCGAACGCCAAUGCAACCAUUUCAUAUUUGAAGGGGCGCAGGCCGUCGGGAAGAGAAGCAUGGUGCUGGCCCUUUUAAGAGAUGCUUUUGGUCCUGAUAAUCUCAAGAUGGAGGAAAUCACAAAGAGAAUCGAGCUGAAGGGAGAAAUCGCCAAACACAUUGAUGUUAAAGUGAAGAUUUCAGAUCAUCACGUGGAGGUAAACUUGGCUGAUUUACAUGGCUAUGAGAAGUAUGUCAUAACUACUUUGUUGAAUGAGUCAAUCCCACCACCGGACUUGAUUUGCGAUCAUGCUAACUGCAAAGUGAUUGUGGUCCAUGAUGCUGAUAGGCUUUCGUCUGAUCUUCAACAUUAUAUCGGUUGGUUUCUGGGGCGGUAUGCAGGUUGCAACAAAAUUAUUUUCAGCUGCUCCAGUUCUUCAAACCUUGAGUCCGUUGAACAUCUAUGCAAGGUUGUCCGACUUAAACCACCUUCAUUUGAUGAGAUUAUCAAGGUUCUGGAGUUCAUUGCUACACAAGAAGGCAUAGAUUUGCCUCAUGGACUUGCCAGUAGAAUUGCAGCUAGCGCGAGUAAUAAUCUCCGACAGGCAAUACGCUCUUUUGAAGCUACAUGGAAAGCAAGCUAUCCAUUCACGAAAGACCAGCCCAUUUUGACGGGAUGGGAGGAGGAAAUUUAUGAUGUUGCCAAAAAAAUCAUGGAGGAGCCAAGUCCAAAGCAGCUGUAUCUCAUUCGGAGGAAGAUCAGAAAAAUGAUUGAACAUAAUGUGUCACCUUAUUUCAUUUUCUGUCACUUGGUUAAUGAACUGAAAAGGGACAGGGAUGAAGAUUUUCAGAAUAGCAUUGAUGAACUGGCACUGGAGUUGAACCAAAACGAGCAGUGCAAAGAAUACAAAUCUCAGGACACAAUUUCUGACAAAAGAGCUAUCAAUAUAGAAGGUUUCGCUGUUGAAGGCCCCGACCAAGGGGAAGCCAUCCAAUGCUUCAUAAGGAUUGAAGAAUUCACUGUGAGGUUCAUGAGCUUCUACAGAUCUUUAAUAACGAAGAACUCAAGCAGAGGCGGUGUUAUCUGAAUGCGGUGGAAUCACUCUCUCGAUCGACAAAUCCUCUGGCGCGAGCUAGUAUUGUAGUGCUGUUGAUAAAUAAGCAGUGGUGUGCCUCUGAAGUCCAAAUCAAAGCACCUCAGCGUUGCUUUGCAUGUUGAAAAGGAAAAUGCAACUGUUUUAUUCGCCCCGAUUGCUGCGUGUAUACAUGAUUAUGCAUAUAACUUUGCAUAUGUGUGAAUUGUGAUAUUCUGGUUUGUACAAAAAUCAACUUCAUAUAUCAUAAUUUGUGUGAUCUGAGAAUAA